AUGUGCAUGAUAUGCUUGAAUGCCCCAGACUGUAUACCUCUACAAGUAACUCCUCAGAAUGCAGACAUUACUUUCAACAAUGUAUGUUUUGAGUACAAUGAAAAUUACCCCAUCCUGAAUGACCUUAACUUUACAGUGCCUGCUGGGAAGAAAGUUGCUAUUGUUGGUAAUUUGACUGUGGGUGAUCUAGUGAUGGUCAAUGGAUUGUUAUUCCAACUGUCCCUGCCGCUCAACUUCUUGGGGUCUGUUUACCGUGAGGUUCGUCAAGCACUUAUUGACAUGCAGACAAUGUUCACGUUGAUGAAACAGCCAACUACUAUAAAGAAUGCUCCAGACUGUAUACCUCUACAAGUAACUCCUCAGAAUGCAGACAUUACUUUCAACAAUGUAUGUUUUGAGUACAAUGAAAAUUACCCCAUCCUGAAUGACCUUAACUUUACAGUGCCUGCUGGGAAGAAAGUUGCUAUUGUUGGUGGUUCGGGUUCAGGGUAA